AUGGCGCCUUCCUUCGACCACCUGCGCGACGCCGACGUCGACGAAGACGACUAUGACGAGGAUGAGGUCGACAUCUCCGACCUGCGAGAGAAGUACGAGGUCCAACUGGAACAGGGCUACGACACCUUCAUCGUCGUUGAUGGCCUGCCCGAGGUUACCGAGGAGCAGAAGCCCAAGCUGGUCAAGUUCCUGCUGAAGAAGCUGAACCAGGUCGGUAAGACCAGAGAGGAUCUCGUCUACAUGCCUAUGGGCGAGGAUGGCAAGUCGCUUAGAUUUGCGUUCGUCGAAUACUCGUCCCCCGCCGAAGCUGCCGCCGCUGUCAGACAGCUGGACAUGGUUCCCCUCGACAAGAGGCACACGCUACGAGUCAACAAGAUGAGCGAUAUCGACCGUUACGGCCGCGAGGGACGUGUGGAUGACAACUACGUGCCGCCCAAGAUCGAUGAGUUUGCCGAGAAGGAACACCUGCGAUCGUUCCUGGCCGAUCCGAGUGGCCGUGGUCGCGAUCAGUUUGCCAUGUACAGAGGCGAUGCAGUGGGCGUCUUCUGGAACAAUGAGAAGGACACCCCGGAGAAUAUCGUCGACCGCCAACACUGGACAGAGAGCUUCGUGCAGUGGUCGCCCUUGGGGACGUAUCUGGUUUCCGUCCACCAACAAGGUGUACAACUUUGGGGCGGUGCUUCGUGGUCCCGGCAAAAACGGUUCGCCCAUCCUUUUGUCAACAUGCUCGAUUUCUCCCCCAGCGAGAAGUAUGUCGUCACCUGGUCCAACCGACCCAUCUCUAUACCAGACGAAGGACACCCUCAGCUGUCUGUGGAUGAAGACGGCAAGAACUACGUCAUCUGGGAGGUCGAGACUGGCAAACCUCUCCGAUCAUUCGCCAACCUCGACGUGCCCGCCACGGCCGACGGCGCUGUCAAGGCUGCGCCCAAGUUCCCCUGGCCUGCUUUCAAGUGGUCUGCCGAUGAGAGCUAUGUCGCCCGAUUGACACAAGGCCAGUCCAUCUCUGUGUACGAAUUGCCUCGCAUGAACCUGCUGGACAAGACGACGGUGAAGAUAGACGGUGUCAUGGAUUUCGAGUGGGCGCCCGCAAGCCCUCAGAGAGAGGGCGUGAAGCAGUACGAGCAGCUCUUUUGCUUCUGGACUCCGGAGAUUGGCAGCAAUCCCGCCAAGGUCGGUCUGAUGAGCAUCCCGUCCAAGGAGAUCGUCCGGACUUUGAAUCUCUUCAGUGUCAGCGACGCCAAGCUCCACUGGCAAUCCGAUGCGACAUACCUGUCUGUCAAGGUCGACCGGCAUUCCAAGUCAAAGAAGUCCCAGGCUACUACCCUCGAGAUCUUCCGCAUCAAGGAGAAGGGCGUGCCCGUCGAGGUCGUGGACACAAUCAAGGACACAGUCAUCAACUUCGCGUGGGAGCCCAAAGGUGACCGUUUCGUCAUCAUCACGACGACGGAGCCGACUGGGCCUACGGCUGUCACUCCCAAGACUUCUGUAUCGUUCUUCUGCCCCGAGAAGGCCAAGGGCACCGCUGUUGGUAACUUUAAACAUAUGCGGACAUUGGACAAGAAGAACAGCAAUGCCAUUUACUGGUCCCCGAGAGGUCGCUUCGUUGUGGUUGCCACCGUUGCCAACCAGCAGAGCUCAGAUCUCGACUUCUUCGACCUCGACUUUGAAGGCGAAAAGCCGGAGAGCGACAAGGACCUGACCGCCAAUCUGCAACUCAUGAAUACCGCCGAUCACUAUGGUGUCACGGAUAUCCAGUGGGACCCCUCUGGCCGAUUCGUUGCCACCUGGGCGUCAGUGUGGAAGCACACGAUGGAAAACGGAUACCACAUUUACGACUUCAGGGGUGAGCAGCUACGAGAAGAGCCUGUCGAGAAGUUUCGACAAUGGUUAUGGCGGCCGAGACCUGCCACUCUUCUGACCAAGGACGAGCAGAAGUCCAUCCGCAAGAACCUCCGGGAAUACUCGAAGGCCUUCGAGCAGGAAGAUGCAGAGCGUGGAGCCACCGCGGACCUAGCUGUCGUCGAGGCCAGAAGGCGUAUGCUGGAUGAAUGGCUGGCGUGGCGCGCGUCGGUGGAUGAAGAGGUUGAGGAGGAGAGACUUGACCUUGGUUUGCCGAAGGACCCUGUUGAAGGCCUCGUCGAGACACCCAACGAUGGGGAAGAGCAGGUCAUCGAGGAGAUAGUAGAGGAAGUGCUGGAGGAGAACGAGGAGAUUGUCCCCUGA